UAGGUAGAGAUAUUAUUUUUAUGCUAAACGUUCUUAUUAGUCUGUGUUAGUUCAUGCUGCUAGAUAUAGAGCGAUUUUAAUUUAUAUAAUGUUUUGCAAAGAAAAUUAUAACUUGAUCCCUUACAUAAUUGGCGAACCGAGAUUUAGAAGUAAAGAGUGAAACGAGAAAUUUUGAGGUUAGGAAAUAACAAAAUAAAAAAUACGCAGAAAUGAAUACCGAAGAAAAUUGGCGAAGUUAUACUGAUAAAACAUACGUAAAAAUUAAACCUACGAAACAAUUGGAUAGUCAUAUUAAUAAAAUUCAAGAUAUGAAAGCCCAAUUAAAAGUUGAGGAAUAUCAGCAUAGAAAAUCAGGUGUGUCUCUUACACAGUUUCUACGAACAGAAUUAACAAGAGGCUAUCAGUUAGAGAAUGAUGAGGAAAGUUUCUCUGCAAGAAGAGAAAAACUUUAUUCAUUUAUGAAAAUUCCAAAAGAAGUUGAAAAAUUUAUGGCCUAUGGAUUUUUACAAUGUGCGGAUUCUUUUCUAUUUGUUUAUACAUUUUUACCACUAAGGUUCAUGAUGGCACUAUGGACAAUGGUUACAAGACCCCUAUGGCAUUGUCUCGGAAAGAAGAGGGAUUUAAGAGUUGGAGAACGAUACCUAAGACCAGCAGAAAUGUGUGACCUUUUGAAAGGAAUCGUGGUGAUCAGCUGUUGGGCAGCUACAUGGAAGGUUGACACUUCGAUGAUGUACCAUUUGGUGAAAAGUCAGUCUGUGAUAAAACUCUACAUAUUUUAUAAUAUGUUGGAAGUCGGUGAUAAAUUAUUCAGUGCUUUUGGGCAAGAUAUAAUAGAUGCCCUUUUCUGGACAGCUACAGAGCCUAGAUCAAAGUCACAAGCAAGAUCUCAACAUUUGGGCAUCCUACCUCAUCUAUUGUUUGCUUUUACCUAUGUUUUAUUACACAGUAUUUUGGUACUUUUCCAAGCCACAACUUUGAAUGUUGCUAUAAACAGUAGCAACAAAGCUCUGCUCACUAUAAUGAUGUCUAAUAAUUUUGUAGAAUUGAAAGGUUCUGUGUUUAAGAAAUUUGACAAGAACAAUCUCUUUCAACUAUCUUGUGCAGACGUAAGGGAACGUUUUCAUUUAAUGAUGCUCCUUCUUGCUGUAAAUCUUCAAACAAUGAAGGAAUAUGCAUGGAAAGCUGAACGACUCGCAGUGCUUCUUCCAGAUUGUAUAAUGUUGCUCUCUGCUGAAGUCCUCGUAGAUUGGGUUAAACACGCCUUUAUAACUCGUUUCAAUGAACUUCAUUCAACAGUAUACAGAGAUUAUACUAUUAAAGUAGCCUAUGAUAUGGCUCAAACUCGGCAGGAGAGCGCCUUCUCUGAUCCAUCAGAUGUAGUAGCCCGUAGGAUGGGUUUUAUUCCCCUUCCUCUAGGAGUUGCAAUAGGAAGAGUUCUUUGUACGACUAUUACACCACCUGUUCAACCAGCCAAUAUAAUUUUGUUGCUUCUAGCCUAUUUUAUUCUGGUGACAUUCAAGAUCUUAAAUAGCUUGAUAAUUCUUGGCAAAGCAUGUGAUAUAAUUUUGUCACAUUCCAAAAAAUCGGACAAUAAAGUGACGUAUAAUUGUAUGGAAUAGUAUUUGAAUAUGAGUAAAUCAAAAAAUUUAGAACAAAAUU